UACCAGGUUGCGUGGUACGUGCGGUGUGACCAGUCUUCUCUUGUGUUGUCGUUUAUUCUUCACCUGCCCAUGUGUUUCACCUCGUGUUUAAACCUUUUGGCCCAGAGGAGUGCGACACAGCUUCAGUGCGGUGUGCGGUUGGAGUAAACCCAGUCGGGACUGUGGUAUGCAGGACCACUCGCUCACAUCCUGUGAGCAAACUGCUAGCUACAUUUAGCUUUGUAAGCUCAGCUGGUAACGCUAUCUUUUAACCUUACCUAAUACGGCUAUCAGGGUAACUACCGUUAGUUUAAAACGAGUUAGCUGUUGUUCUUGCAGUUUUGUUAUUGCCCUGGGAAACAUUUGGCUUUGAAAGUAAUAUCUUAAAGUUAAAAACUGGUCACCUAAUAGCUAGGGAAGAGCUUGUUGGACCUGGUGACCGUCCUUGGUAGCUGGGUGUGUGUCUCACUUCUGUGAAUGGACAAAGACUCCAUGUGGCCAGAGCACUGACAUAUGACCCAGGAUGACAGCUACGUAACAGCACAGCCCCCAUUCAGCACUUCUCAUCGGACAUGUAAUUGGGCUUAUGGUUUUGUGUUCGCUUACAAGAAUGACUCGUCGUUCAGUGGUGAACUUGGUUUGUCUUGGGAAUCGAGCUGUCCGGCUGCUGUAUGGAAACUCGCUUCGUCUCCUCCACACGUCAGUAUGCAACACCUCGUCGCAGCCGAAAACUGGAUUCAAACCGGAAAAAGUCGCAGUGGUUACAAAGACUACACGAUAUGAGUUUGAACAGCAGCGGUAUCGCUAUGCAGGACUCUCUGAAGAGGACUUAAAACAGCUGCUUGCUAUGAAGGGCUCCAGUUACAGCGGCCUGCUGGAAAGACACAACAUCCACACUAACAAUGUUGAACACAUUGUGAAGUGCCUGCGGAGAGAGGGCGUUGAAGUACGAGUUGUGAAGAGAGGAGAAUAUGAUGAAGAAGUAGUUCGAUGGGCAGAUGCAGUUAUCUCUGCAGGAGGUGAUGGGACAAUGUUACUUGUUGCCAGCAAGGUUUUAAGCAAGGACAAACCAGUUGUUGGAGUGAACACAGACCCUGAGAGGUCAGAGGGUCAUCUGUGCCUGCCUGUGCGGUACACUCGUGCCUUCCCAGAGGCACUGGAGAAACUCUUUCGUGGUGAGUUCAGGUGGCUGUGGCGUCAGAGGAUCCGUGUACACCUAGAGGGCACAGGAAUCAAUCCCACCCCCGUGGACCUGCACGAACAGCAGCUGAGCCUGGAGCAGCACAACCAAGCUCACCGCAUCACCACCAUGGAUGGCCAGCAGAGGACAGGAAUACUACCUGAGAGCUACUCCAAGCCCAGCCUCCUCCCUAUCAGAAGCCUGAAUGAGAUCUUCAUUGGAGAAUCUCUGUCCUCCAGGAUGAAGUUAAACUCCUUCAAACCCCAUGUUAACCUCUUGCUCCAUAGGGCUUCCUACUAUGAGAUCUCUGUGGAUGACGGCCCGUGGGAAAAGCAGAAGAGUUCAGGACUCAGCAUUUGUACAGGAACAGGAUCCAAAGCCUGGUCAUAUAACAUCAACAAACUCGCUGAACAAGCUGUGGGGGAGGUUCUAAAAAUCGGAUAUUCUCAAACAGGUCUUGAUAUCCCACUUAGCCAUGACUUCAUAGAAAAGGUUACUGAUGAAUACAACAAGUCUCUGGUGUUCAGUCCAGAUGACCGACGGUUGUUCUACAGCAUCAGGGAGCCCAUUGUCAACCGAGUCUUCUCCAGCAGUCGGCAGAGAGGCUUCGCCAGCAAGGUGUCUGUCCGCUCACGGUGUUGGGAUGCCUGCAUGGUGGUCGAUGGUGGAACUUCAUUCGAGUUCAAUGACGGGGCCAUCGCUACAGUCAGCAUGAGCGAGGAGGACCAGCUGCGGACGGUUGUUCUUGAUAACUGAGAGGAGUCCAGCGUACAUGACACAUGACUGGUUUCUCUUAAGCCAACUGUUCAAAGGGAUGUGGUCAAAGGGAAGUACCACGUUUUAGCUUUAGCCUCCACAAGUGUUGAAUAUUUUUAUACCUGGAAGAAAGGUAUCAUUGUUACAAUUGUUUUAUGAAAUGUGUGCAUUUUUACAGAUUAAUUAUUUCCAAAUCAGAUUUUUUUUCUUUUAUUGUCCAUCCCAAUAUCCCCAAUUUAAAACAGGUUAUAAAGCUCUGGGUUAUAAUGGCAAUAAUCUGUUUUGUAGAUCCUGUGUCAGGCAACAUUUAAAGCACAUUACUAUUGGCUGUCUGUCACUGCAUCAAACCAACAGAGUCAUUAAGCAGAGGAAGAGAUGGAAGGUCAGGUAGAUUGAUUGAUUGAUUGAUUGAUUGAUUAUUAGGUAGAACACAAUGUGAUUCUGUUCUUAGAAAACAGUUGUGUAAAUUUGUACCUGUUUCAGAUUUGAUUUUUUUGUGCUUUCACACUUAUGGAGCCAUCAGUGAAUGACUUGAAGGAUAAGAAUGAUGUUGCAUAUUCUUUUAUUGUCAGCAAAUUCCAAUCAGCUGUCUCUACUUUCUGACUACCUGUCUGUGUCACUCAGCCCAAAUUCAGUGGUUUCUACUGAAGACAUGUAUUUUUGAAAACAGAGGGGCUCUACCCGACUUAGGAGCCGUACACAUGCCAUGUCUUAAACCACCUGGAAAACAGGAGGUUGGGCACUGGGAGCUACUCCUGUGCCUUUUCUAUGCCAGAUUUCAAGAGCGCAGUGGCAGGUUGCAUCUGAGGUUGCCAUGCAACCUUAACAUCAUUCAGUCUAUUUACCUGACAUCCUGAGUGCAGAGCUGAUCUUUUUCCAGGCACUGUUUGUGUGAAGGCCUAUUGUCUGUGGGACAGAUGUAAAGUUCUGACAGCCCUGCACUAAAAUGAUAAUCUUCUUCUCCAUAUGUAUCACAGACUGAUAUUUCUGGAAGAAGGGAAAGAUGUUGAUUGGCUGUGAUUUGGUGGUCCUCAUCAGGUGAUGUGGUGCGUGCUGCUGCGUUCCAAAAGUUCAACCCAGUUUAUCUCAGGUCGCAUCUGUCACGGCAAGAAAAAUAGGUACUCAGCUGCGUGUGCCUGCCGCUCUGGCGUUUGAACACACCUGCCACACGUCUACAUUGAAAACAAGGAAUUUGAGGGUGCAAGAAAUGCGGCAUGUUUAUGGCUCCUCUAAGAAUUGUUUUAGUCGAAUAGGAUGUGGCUGUUCGAUACAAAUAUUUGACUAUUCGUUCCUUUUGUUAUCAUAUAGAGUUUAAACGGGGUUGGGGAAGGAUGUCAAGGGUGACGGCAACGUUCAUGUAAUAUAGUAAACACAGAUUUCACUAAAGCCUAGAUACCAAAUGGCAAAAUGGCACCUAUUCAUUCCAAUGGAGCUGCUCGCCUGGUGCAUACACCAAAAAGAGGUUUUAGUUUCCGGGUUUACUUCCGUGGUAUGCAGCCUACUGAAUAUGCGCAUUACUGAUUCUUCCGCUGGCCCCACCCCCGAGUUCCUGCUCUGCUCGUAGACUUUUGCCGGCUUGAGGAAAGUUUUACAGAUAUAUAACCUCCAUGAAGUCAAAACAGGAGAGUCAUAACUGACCAUUUAUAAUGUUGGCCUAUGUGGAAAAUGCUUUUUGGGUUGCAGGGGAUUUUUCGCUGCAAUACCAUGAGUGGCCACUGGGAUAAAUGAUCAGCAAGACUGAAGAGUGGUCCUGGGGGCCUGAGUAAACAAACCAAGUUUGCCCUCCGAGCCAGUGCAUGCUAAUUAUGCUGACACACUGACUGAUUUGGAGUGUGCAGCAACAUUUUUUUGGCAUCACUAGAUAUCAAACAAAAGUCAGAGAUGAUCGUAUUAAGGUGCUUUAAACUAUAAAUUCACCACUUAGAAACAGAAGGCGGAAGAUAACUUAACAUCUGAGCCUGACUGGGCAAAGCCCCUCACUUCUGACAGCUGCCUCCUUCCUCUCAGCCUCACCCUGGGUCUGGGUCUGCAGCUGCCUGUACCCUUUGUAGACAUUCUCAGUGAGCAGACAGUACAACUUGACGCAUUGUAAUGAUUUAACCCCAGAGAGCAGCGUGAAAGCGAGGAGCGCUCACUCUGCAGCUACACUGACUGACGAUGAUGAUUGGAAUCUUUUUUCGAAUUUGGGAGCAGCCUCAGAGAACAGCUCACAAAUAUACAAUUUAAUCAAAAAAAGCCCAGUAAUAUCCUAAAACAGCUGAUCACUAUUUUUUUUCAUAAAGGUUGCUCAAACAGGAGGAAAUAGUGCAUUUGUCAGGGACUGUUUUCAAGGGUGGAUGAAUCCACAUUUGGUGCCCUCCUGAGUAUUUGAGGGGCAGCAGGACAGUGAGUCAAAAUAAACUACAGUGAGUGUGUUCAUGGUGAUGAAGAGAUAUGUCAUCCAGUGCAACAGUGUAACUCACUGAUGUCUUUUAAUAGUUUCAUGCUGUCUGGCACAGAGGGAGAAGAUAUAUCAGGCUGUAAUGCACACACAGUACAUGUUAGAAGAUACCAUCACUGUUGCUUUGGGUCUGCACAUGAGAUUUGUUGCCAAAAAGAAAAAUAUGGAAUAUUAUAUGGUGAAUUAAAAACACAGGCUGUUUGUUAUGGCUUGUUUGUUGAAUUAAGAUAUUUUUGGAACAGAGUGUAUAUUUUUUUCUAGCUGGUUGAGCCAUUUGAGCUGAGAAUUAAGUCAGGGGAAAAAUGUAAGUGCACUAAAAAUACAACUCCAUGCUUAAAAGAGCAUUUUGCUCCAUGUUUUAGGUCAAAAGUAUGUCUUCUAACCUCUCACAAGACCACAAAUUUAGCAAUAUUUUGCAUGUGCCUGAGGCAAACAUGCUAAAAAUUUCCACAACAAAAAAUACAGUGUAAACUUUAUUGGGUAGAAAGUGGUACAAACAAAUGAUUUUUAUCCUGUAAAGCUACCUGACACUAAAUGCUUGAACAGUGCUGUAUGAUGAUGCUGAAAUUAAAAUAUACACAGUCUGACCAACACGGUAGUAUGGUUGUAACAAUUUAAAAUAUUAAAUCAAAAUCUAGUUGGUCUCUUGUAUACACUUGUAAUUCCACUUAAUUGAUAAAAUAUUGUUGGUGCACCUUGUAACACCUAUCUGCCCUGGACUCUGAACCAGAAGGUGUUCUUCUUAAGGACUAGUUUACAAAACAACCAGGAAAUUGUAAUAUGCAGCGUGCCAAAGGCAGGGGUCCUUAUCAAUAUGAUGUGUCAGUAUGUUAGGAUGUGCUGUUUUACAAUCAGAUAAAGUGAUAAGAAAAAGAAA